AAAGCUGUGGCGUCAAUGCUGUUGCCGCUCAAUUUCUGUAUGUAUGUUAUCGUCUUGGCCAUUGCAGCCUGGGCUACCAACAAAGCUAUACUUGAAGGCUUCUUUAUCGGCCCGGGAUUCGAUCUACCCCCACAAUUCUCUCCGAUAAGUUUUCCGAUGGGGAACGCCGCUACCGGAUUCUUUGUUGUGUUCUCCCUGAUUGCGGGCGUGUUCGGAGUUGCAUCCAUCAUAGUGGGCAUUCACCACUGGAACCGUGACACUGAUCAUAUGCCUUGUGCUGCUACUUCAGCAGCAGCGAUUGCCUGGACUCUUACUGCCCUUGCCAUGGGAUUUGCCUGGAAGGAGAUUGAACUCCAAAACAGGAACGCCAAUCUGAGGACAAUGGAAGCUUUCCUGAUCAUCCUCACCGUUACUCAACUGCUCUACAUAGCAGCCAUCUGCCGCGGCUCAGCAGCAGCAGCAAGAUUCACAUGAAUAUGAAGUGGAUACUCACUACGCCAAUGAAUAUAUUGAAAUAAGGAAGGAUCCCUUAUAUAUUCCUUAUAACUAAUAAGGGAAUGGGUCCUUAUUAAAUCCCUUAUUAAAAUGCUCCUUAUUACUUGAACAAUAAGGACCAAUUCCCUUAUAACCAAUAUAAGGGAUUAAUAGCCAAUAGGCCCUUAUAUAAUUCCUACGUGGAAGAGUUAUACUGCUUACCCUGUAUAAGGGAUUAAUAACGGCAAUUCCG